ACCACCCACCCAUCUAGCACCUUUGAUUCUCCAACUGAUCAUCAAGUUGGCCAGCAAUCAUGGCUGUUGGAAAGAACAAGAGGCUCUCCAAGGGCAAGAAGGGUCUCAAGAAGAAGACCGUCGACCCCUUCUCCCGCAAGGACUGGUACUCGAUCAAGGCUCCCAGCCCCUUCAACGUGCGAGAUGUCGGCAAGACUCUCGUCAACCGCACCACCGGUUUGAAGAACGCGAACGACGCCCUCAAGGGCCGCAUCGUCGAAGUUUCGCUGGCCGAUUUGCAGAAGGACGAGGACCACGCGUUCCGCAAGGUCCGUCUUCGUGUGGAUGAGGUUCAGGGCAAGAACUGCCUCACCAACUUCCAUGGCCUCGAUUUCACUUCGGACAAGCUGCGAUCUCUCGUUCGCAAGUGGCAGACCCUGAUCGAGGCCAAUGUCACGGUCAAGACCACCGAUGACUACCUUAUUCGUCUCUUCGCCAUUGCCUUCACCAAGCGACGACCCAACCAGAUCAAGAAGACCACCUACGCUGCAUCGUCGCAGAUCCGCGCCAUUCGGCGCAAGAUGACGGACAUCAUCCAGCGCGAGGCUUCCAGCUGCACUCUUACCCAGCUCACCUCCAAGUUGAUCCCUGAGGUCAUCGGCCGCGAGAUUGAGAAGUCGACUCAGGGCAUCUACCCUCUGCAGAAUGUGCACAUCCGGAAGGUUAAGCUACUGAAGGCGCCUAAGUUCGAUCUGGGUGCCUUGAUGGCGCUUCAUGGAGAGUCGGGAACGGAUGAUCAAGGCCAGAAGGUUGAGCGAGAGUUCAAGGAGCGAGUCUUGGAACAGGUUUGAAGGGCGCUUUCUGUGAACAGGCGUGGGGGAACAGGGACCCUCGCGGGUGAUUCACUCACCCCAUUGUUUCGGUCAUCGCAAAUGGCGUAGCAUCUAAGGCGGUUGGGGGCUACGGUAAUGUCCCCAUGAAAUGGUAAAAGGGUUCUACAUUGUCCUAUGCAUAUCUAUGCUCGUGACGCAAUGCGCAAUCGGCACGAGGUGCUGCUGGCAUCCCCGAGAUGAUCCACAG